AAAGCAAGAAGAAACCAUGACUCGUAGGAUUUCGAUUUGAAUAAAAGUGAAUUGACAGAUGUACAAAUCCGAAAAGAUAAUCUGAUCUCUGGGAUGUACUUGAGUAAAAGAUUACGUUUGCAUUUUUAAAUUCUUCCACGUUGUUCACAAUGGCUGUAAUCUUUUUCUUCAUUGUUGCUCUAACUAUUCCGGCCGCUACUUUUUCGGAAGAAGCCUGCUAUUCGUAUGCCGGUGGUCAUGUUUAUCCUCAAGAAACAACAAAGUCCUCUGUCGGGCAGAACUUAGUUACCAGCAAAGCACAAAUUUCCAAGCCUGCUCCAGCAUGGGAGAGCACAGCCGUCAUAAGGGGAGAGUUCAAAGAAUUAAAAUUAGCAGACUUCAAAGGAAAGUACUUGGUAUUCUUCUUCUAUCCUCUUGAUUUCACUUUUGUCUGCCCGACAGAAAUUAUUGCUUUCAGCGACCGGGUGAAGGAAUUUCGUGCCAUCAACACUGAAGUAGUCGCCUGUUCAGUGGACUCUCCCUUUACCCACUUGGCAUGGAUGAACACACCACGCAAAAUGGGAGGAUUGGGUCCCAUCAACAUUCCCCUCCUGUCGGACUUGACGCACCAAAUCUCCAAGGACUAUGGAGUGUACCUCGAGGACCUUGGACACACCCUCAGGGGCCUGUUCAUCAUUGAUGAUAAGGGCAUCCUGCGUCAGAUCACCAUGAACGAUCUGCCUGUAGGUCGAUCUGUGGACGAGACCUUGCGCCUGGUACAGGCUUUCCAGUACACAGACAAGCACGGAGAAGUGUGCCCUGCCGGCUGGAAACCAGGAGGAGACACGAUAAUUCCUAAUCCAGCAGACAAACUCAAGUAUUUCAGCAAGUUUGAUUCCUAAGAACAAGUAACACUGCAUCUAUUUUUGAUACAUUUUUCUAUGUAAGCUCGUGGUGCGUCAAUAAAGUGAAAAAAAGCUUAUUCAAAUAAUUUUAUUAAACCAUUCAAUACAUCCAUUAUGAGAGCGAGAUUCAUGUCUACAAAUGACCGAAGAGUAAUGUAUAUUUCCAACUUAAGUACAUUAAACAAGUGGAAUAGCACCUCCAAACAAUGUAAAAUGUUAAAACAAAAUAAGAGGGAUCUAGUAGCAACAUUCAAAUUCCACUUUGCAUUUAAAACUAGUAAAAUAACUCUAGCUUUCUAAAAACUAUUAUUCUCCAACAAUAGUAAAAGUUGAGACAGGGAGCAAAGGGAUGCAAGUGUCAAAAGUAAAAGUUUUGAAGUAAAAUGAAUGCAGGUUGAAAAGUUAAUAGGCAUUUAUGGAAAAAAUUUUCUAAAUCAUGUUGCAUAACAACACCUACAAAGGGGUACUAUCUCUUGUCCCAAAACAAGUAAGUUUCUGUCAUUUUCACUACUUUUUGUCGAAAUAUUUUAUUUUCGACGCUUACGUCCCUUUACUACUAGACGUUUGCAAUAAUUAUGCAGAGAACAGAGGCAUUUUGUAUCUUCAAAAUCUUACAAUUUAAUCUAUUAGUUUGGUGGCAAAUUAGCACCGAACAAGGUUUUAAAAAUUGGUUUUUAUUUUCAUUGAAAAUUAAGUAGUCUAUGUACAAAAUACAGCGCAAGAUAAAAUGAAACUCAGCCAAAAACAAUUAUCUAUUAAAAUUUUUACUCAAUAAAAAAAAUAUAAUUUUAAUGCAACAAAGAAUAUACGAUCACUUUUAAAAAUAAUUAACUACAUUAAUAGUAUUUGCUCAUGUAAUUUAAUUGCAAGUUAAAAAAGAAAGCUUAACAUUUUCGGAAAAAUAAUAUGAAAAUUGAAAUGUCACAACAAAAGUUGCUAUGUCACCGUUAUUUGUAGUACAGCUAUAGUUGGAUUAACAAUUUUAUAAGAAACAAGAUCCUUCUUUAAUACCAUUUAUCUGUGGAUAUAAGGUGGAAAAAAGAAAAAAUUGGAAAGAAAAUUUUAACUUGGAAUUAUACCAAACUAGAAAGUCUCAUGGAAUGCAUACAUAAAGAUUUUUGAAACUUUCAAAUGAGAACAAAGUAAAAAUAAAUGCAAAUUGUUUCAUCAGUGCAUAAAACCCGCAAAAACUCGAUUUUAAGCAUACAAUUAUUUGCUAGCAUGAAAUACAGCAUUUUUAUUUUUAGUAUUUAAAAAGGAAAGCUGUUCACAAUACAACUUUUGCUAAUCCUCAUAUCAUGCAUUGCUUUUCUUUAUUUUCAUUAUGUUAGCAACAAAAAAAGUCAAUAUUUAAAUAACGGUGCUUUUUUUAGCACUGUUCAAACAGGGUUCAACAGUUCAAUUCACAACAUCACAAAAUGUUUGUAAACAAGAACAUUUUAGAAAAAAUAAAAUAUUUAUGCAAAAUAAAAAAUAUAUAGGAACAAAAAUGACUAGAAUAAUUCUCACAUUCAUCAUGAAAUAAAAAAUCAUCAUGAUUUCAUUAUCCAUAAAUAAAAAAUAUAAAAUUGCCAAGCUAAUAAAUUUAGCAAAAAAUGCAUGAACCAUAAAGUUUUAGAGUAUAAAAGUAAUUAAGAAAACAUUCAUGUAAAAAAAAGCAAAAUGGAGUAGAUAAAGUUCAUUCUCUGUGUAACAACCAAAUAAAAUGGAGUUGCACUAAGAAUGAAAUAUAUACAAACAUAAAUAACUAUAAAAUUGGAUAAGUUUUUGCUUUCAAAAAAUGUAUCAAUGAUAAAUUUAGAAUUCACACUCUCAUAUCUACUUUUAACAAAAAGUACAAAUUUGCUCUAAUAACAGACCACUAAGACCAUGAUUUGUUCAUCACAAUUUUUAAUACACAAAUUUAAGCCAUCACGAUGAUUGGCGGGAUUUCCGAUCGACGGAAAGCUGCCAUACGAAGUUAUGCAAUGAAAUUACUAAUAUUCCUUUUAAACCUUCAGAAAUCAAUCCUUCAUUAUUUUUGCUUCCAACUAGUGACCUAUCAGUUCCAGCUACCUUUAAUUCACCCAAGUAAUUGAAUGGAGAAAGGUUCUUUGAAAACAAAAUUUACUUUAUCAAUAACUUGAUCCAGGAGCAGAUACAGAGCAGGGGGG